UAUGAUACAAUCGAUGAAAGGAAACAAGACUAUUUCCAUCUAGCUUAUGAUAUUGCAUUUACUUAAAUAAAAGACUCUUUCGAAGUACCCUUCGUACAAUUUAAUUGUUUUCUCUUAGAUUUUAGAGGAGGUGUCAGCAAAAAUUUUAUUAGAAAUCUCGGAAAAAUACUGUUUAAGCAAAGAAUAAUGGAUCAGAUUUACUGAAAGAACAUAAGAGACUAUCACAAGGAUAAUUAUUGAAACCAAAAUUAUCAAUUAGGUCCUCAAUUUCAAAUUAUUCAAACAGGAAGUAAAAAAUCCUCGUUGUUUCUCCAUUUCACCAAUGAAAACAAAUUAUUUAAAUUUUAUUAACACAACAAAUAAAAAUUAGAGACUACUUCUAAAACAGAUGAUUAAAAUUAUAACAUUUAUUAUUAUAUAUAUAUAUACAUAAUAAUGA